AUGAAUUACUACGAUGAGGAGAUCACAAUCAGUGGCCCGGACAGCAAGCAUCUCAGCAGUGUGCAGAUGGACAGACCAUCGAGAUCCGGUGGUGCAAGCACAGACAGUGGAGCAACUGGAGGGCAGAGGGGGGCCAGGCAGCGUAAUUUGCAACUACAGGGCAACUCCGCUGAAGAUGAUGGCUUGCUACAGGACAUUAUCGAUCACGAUGACGAGGCCGAUGACAGCGAUGAUGAUGAUGAUGACAGUGAGUUGCAGAUGCCUGGUGCUGGCAUUGGGAUCAGUGGACACGUGCCACGUCCGCAAACACGUCCGGGGAGCACACGUAGUGUGAAGCAAGCGCAGAUCGCCGAUGAUCAGCUGAGCUUUGGCAGUUCGGAUGAAGCAGCUGGCGGGGAACAGGCGACAAGAGCAAAGAUGACACAUCAAAAGCUGCCGCUGCCGUCGCAACAGAGACGCAGUGCAGGGCCGGCACAGGAAGUGGCCACCUUUAAUCUGACGCCUGACAAGUGGGAACAGUUGCCACUGCAGCCGGAUCUGAAGGAGAUCUUUCCAUAUAUACUGAAGUAUACGCCGCAAACGAUUGAAACGCCGUAUCACCUACAGCCCUUCAUACCGGAGUUUGUUCCCGCCGUGGGCGAUGUAGAUGCCAUGUUGAAGGUGCAGGCUCCGGCGUUGUUGCAACCUCAACGCCAGCGGGAACUCGAUGAGCAUCUGCAGCGAUUGGGAUUGAUGGUGUUAGAUGAACCAUCGGGUUCACAAAGUGAGCCGAGUUUGUUAAACAUGAAGCUGCGCUCGGUGCUGAGCGGGAGUCGAGGACGGAAUCCCAGAAAUGCCUCCUACUCGGCGACUCUUGUGCCGACAGCUCGAUCUGCUAAAGACAUCGAAAGGUGGAUUGGCGAGGUGGAACAGGUGCAUAUGACGCAAUCCAUGUACGAUGCCCAGCCGAGAAAGGAUAUCGAUGCGCUGCUCGAGGAUUGGCCACGUUCAUUUGCCGACACGGCGACUAAGGAUGCCCUCGAUGAGGCCUAUCGCUCCUGUCUCCAACAGCAAAUCUCUCUCUCCGAUUAUGUGCGCGUGCUUUGUGAACGCUUCAAUGUGGAGGGGCCGCUGGAAACCCAAUCGGAUUACAUACACAACGUGCAAACGCUGUUUGCCCUCUACCUGGCCGCCAGUCAGGCCUGGAAGUAGGAUGACCACGACAGGGGUGAAGAGGAGGAUGGUGUUGGGGAGAAGCUUGCACUAAUAACGCUAAUGGCUUCGAUUAAGUGACAGCCAGACGCCGUUUGUUUGCCUUUGUGCCGUGGAUGCCCCUUUGGCCUGGCCAUUAAAUCGCGUGGAAAACCGUUAGUCUCCAUAACUUGCACGUUUGAUUUGGGAGGGGUAGAUUGCGGCAGGAAAUGGUUGAGGGGGUCUGGUCUGCUACUGGUCUGUUGCCUUCUGUAGUGCGAGAUUCAUUUUCGAAGAAAAACUCUGAAUGCAACUGCGGCGUUGGGCGACAACUUGCGAAAUUGCCGCUUUGUCUGCCGCAUCAGAAGCUUCAAGCGACAAAAAUGAAAUUUGGUUCGCCAUUUUGUUAAGCAUUACACUCAAAUCACAAAUAGGGUAUAUUAAAAGCAAGCAAAGGAUGCAACAGCCUCUACAACUCUCUGAUUAAGUUGAAAAUUAAAAAAGAUUUUGAUAGCAUACUUUUAGGAUGCACUUUUAUACAUUUUUUGCCCAUAUACCUUGCCCAUCGAAUAUUCGGUUCACAUUCGAAAAAGCUAUUAAAAACUUGAAGAUUUACAAUAAAAAAAAUUGUAAUUUUGGAUUAAAUAAAAAAUACCUAAAUAAAGAUUA